CUGCGGACUGAAGACCAAAAGUCGACAAAGAAACUCUAGCUCGGGUAAAGGACCCAGCAUCGCUAUUGUCAGACGCCAUCCGACGGCCUAGACAAUAUCGGGGAGAGGGCGGAUGUGUUGGCUCACACGUCAACUGACUUACACUUUGAUCCAGAAGUGCACCGGUCGCGGGAUGGAGACGGCAGAGACUUGGCAGUGAUCAGAUACGCCUCUACUAAUACGACCGACGUGGAAAUAAAAGACCGAGGGUUGCCUGUCUCGAGCUUCACUUUUGCUGCGACGUGUUUACACCAAACAAGUGACGGUUGGCCACUGCAACUAUCAACCACCAUGGGCUGCACUACGCGAAUCAAUGCCAGACAAGAGGCCAUCGACGUCCUCGUGCGUUAUGCUGACGGCCUCGACCGCGGCGACGCCUCCCAAUUCGAAUCCUGCUUCGCCGAAGAUGCCACAAUGGACCUCAGCCCGUUCUUCGUCCUCGGUAUGACCUACGAGCCGAUCCACGGCCGCGCCGCCAUCACCGCCGAAUGCAUGAAGGCCGUUGGCACGACUCUCGAGACGACGCACUCGCUCACCAACUUUCUGGUCACACUCAACGAGCAAAACGACAGCGCCAGUAUCUCCUGCCUAUCGGAAGCUCAGCACGUCAAGAAGGGACACGAAUUCGACGUCGAGUCUCAGGACACCGCCCUCAUUGUCAAGUGCCGAUACGAAGUGAUUGCUGUGCAAGAGAGUGACUCGAACCUUCUCGUGAUUUAUUGA